AGAGAAACAAGAAGUGAAGCCCACCCCAGAAGGUGAAGGAAACCUUAGUGUGGACACAGCUGGUGCUUUGGUAUAGAGGGUUUGACCAACUGACCUGGACGUGGCCAACAGCCCUGACCUCCAACCCACCAUUCUGGCUGAUUGAAAGAUGUUUCCCUUCAAGGUGAGCAAAUGGAUGGGGCUGGCUUGCCUCCGGUCUCUGGUGCUGUCCUCACCCAGUAUUCGUCAGAAGAAACUAAUACACAAGCUACAAGAGGAGAAGGCUUUUCGAGAAGAGAUGAAAAAUUUCCAUGAGAAAAUAGAAGACUUUAGGGAAGAGAUAUGGGAUUUCCGGGGCAAGAUCAGGGCCUUCCGGAGCCAGAUCCUGGGUUUCCGGGAAGAAGAGAGACCUUUCUGGGAAGAAGAGAAGCUCUUCUGGAAAGAGGAGAAAACCUUCUGGGAAAUGGAAAAAUCCUUCCGGGAAGAGGAGAAGACUUUCUGGAAAAAAUAUAGAGCCUUCUGGAGAGAGGACAAGGCCUUCUGGAGAGAGGACAAUGCUUUAUGGGAGAGAGACCGGAACCUUCUUCAGGAGGACAAGGCCCUGUGGGAGGAGGAAAAGGCCUUGUGGGUAGAGGAAAGAGCCCUGCUUGCAGAAGAGAAGGCUCUGUGGGAGGAUAAAAAGUCUCUCUGGGAGGAAGAGAAUGCCCUCUGGGAGGAAGAGAAAGCCCUCUGGGUGGAAGGUGGUGGUUUCCAAAUCCUUGGGGAGCAGAGGCCCCAAAAUGGUCUGUACAAUGCCAAUGAACAGUCACAGUCAACAGCCUUCCCCCGUGGCCGGGCAUAGUGAACCCUGGACAUACAGGGCCACGGGGUCUAGCCAUCACUGCUUGGGAUCCAAGUCCAGAGUGACCCCAUGUACUAAAGGAAAUAGACACUGAUUUGUCUCUUUGCCAUGAAAGAGAUAAUAAAGUCCUGGGGAGAGGUUUGAAAAAAACAUCUCUUCAAGGAAGGUUGGCUGCAUCCUCCCU